GCAAAAACUGAAAAAGGAAGUGUAAAGCUUGAAGCUUCUCUUGCAGAAACCAAGACCACAAAAGCUGAACUGGCUGUUGCAACGAUGACUCAGGGAUUCUGGAGAGUCUACAAGACAAAAGUAAUGCAAGCCCUUGGUGGAGAGCUCCAGGAAGAGGAUCUCCAAGAUGAGAGCGAGAAUCCUCAGCUGGUGGAAACCACAGACUCCAUAAUGCUGUCAGAGGAGGGACUGAACUCCGUUUCUCAGUUGGCUCGGCGGGUCCAGGGAGCUGGAGCCAAAGGCUGGAGGACCAUGUCAUCAUUGUUCAGUCGGGAGGAUGAAGAUCAGUUGCUGGCUCCUGAAGCAGCUGCAGACCAUCCUCUAGCUGCAAAACCAGCAGAAGAAGAAGCUGAGAAGAAGGCUGCUGGCCUCUGGGAUGUCUUUGCUACUAAGUGGCAGCAAACUUCAGCUCUGGAAAAAUUGACUGCCAAGGUGGACUCCAGCGAAGAAAAGGUGGAGGGCAGUGGGGGUUCUGGGGUGAUGCCAGCUGAGGAAGUCAAUGACCUUGGCCAUGACAAUGACCUCCGAGAGGCUGAAGGUGUGGCCUUCAAGUGGAGCUUCGUAACCAACAAACUGGCUGAGUUGAAGAACAAGAAUAUUCCCAAAAGUAACUAGGACAGACACAGAAAUGGAGGACUUUGAGUGAGUGACCCUUUCUCAGUGAUAACAAUAUAUUUUAUUAUUUCCCAACAGCUUCCUGAAAAAAAACAGAAUUGGGCUUAAUGUGAAAUGUUCAGUUCCAGAUAUGGGCGUUGUUUAGGUUGAUAACUUUAUGAAGCCUUCCCAGAGUGUGUGACUCUGAUGCCUUCAUUCCAUUUCUCUCCUUUUCUCCUUAUAAGAUGGUUCUUAGACUAAUUAGGUUAAUGGACAUUUAGGAAAACUUCCCUUGCCAGAGACUGUGGCCUAUUAAAAAAAUGAGCAUCUCCUUCUCUCUUUCCACAUUCACCUACUUUGACUUUCUAAGAAAGCUGCUGUCGCAGGACAAUUAAUCCAAGAGUCCAAUCUAUAGCGGUCAACAAGCUGAUUCUCUGAUAAUUUCCUGCAAUUGUUAGACUUGGAUGGAGAUGUACGGACCUAGGCUUCCCCAAACCAUGAAAGUCACAAAAUUGGGAAAGGAACAUUCUGGGAAAGUGAUUGUUUUGGACCAGAAAGUUCUGACCGAGGCUUCCCAAGAGCAUGAAGCAAACUUCUUGUC